AUGGCGAAAUCAGAUUUAGUGGCCGAUUGGGAUGUUGAAUUGUCCGACAAAAUGCAUAAGAUCCAAUUCGAACAUGGAUCUCUUUCGGGAAAAAGAGUUAUUUGGGUCGACGAUGAAGAAGUGAUGCGCAAGGACUUUGUAUUCGAUUUGGUUGGUUCGGAGACAUUCAACCUGAUGGGAAACAGGAUGAAGAUAAGCAUCUCGUGUGAAGGGUUCGAUUACAUGUACACCCUGACAGUUAACAACGUCAACUUGGAAAAGUUCACAAAACAGCAGAGCCUGCUACUUCAGACGUGGAACUUCGAAGAUCGAGGCAACAAGCACCGGGUUGUCUUAGAAAAAGAUUCACUCGAUGUUUGGGCGGACGGCAAAAAAGUGGAAACUCAGAUUGAAUUCGUGAACGAUGGAACAGUAACACACUUCACUCUGGAACCAGACAAGUCUGCCUGGAUUAUGGCUGGCCACUCGGGAAAGCGAAAAGUUGGAAUGGUUUACAAAUUAGUGAUCGAUGGAUGCGAAAUCAAAACUGAAGAUUCAUAA